AUGGCGUCGUCGUGGGGGUUUGGAAACCUGUCGACUGGUGGACAACAGGCUGGAGACGCUUCACAAGCAGGACCGAGCUUGGGCGACAUCACCAGCGACGACAUCAACUUUCAAGACGUGGCAGACAAUCCCGGAAACCGAGUACGGAUAUCUGAGCAGUGGCCUGAAGAUCAGCUACCUCCCACGACUGCGUCUCUGUUGAGCAUUGCAUCUACUCGAGGGUUGCUGGCUGCAGCUACACCGAAUGGGCUGAUAGUAGUGAGCACUGAGAAGGCGCGCGUGCAAUACUUAUCACGAAGAGAGCCGGGAAAUGAUGCGGACAAGAUACGAAAUCUCCAACCAGACGCGACACUGCAGACACCUCGCCUAUCACACGUUGCGUUCAGCUCAGAUGAGACCUGCCUGGUGAUAGUGUCGGAGCAAGGCGGUGGUCUUGCUGUGUACAAUACAAAUUCGCUGGCGAAUGGAGCUCAACCGGCCUUUUCAAUCGCCACGAAUGGAACGAGCGUGCGACAUCUGCUGCCCAAUCCUGCUCCCGAGAAUGCACAUCUCUUUGGCGUCGUGCUGUCCGAUGGCAAGCUUGUCUUGGCCGACCUCAAGACCCAGACUUUGAUCGAUGGUGCCAAAGGCAAUGCAGUCUUCCACGAGAACGUAUGUUCAGGCACCUGGUCGAAGUUCGGGAAGCGUAUGAUAGCUGGGCUAGCCGACAGCAGCGCCGUGCAGAUUGAUCCUCAAGGCAAUGUCAAGGAUACGAUUCCACGUCCGCCUCAGCUCAACGAACUGCAAGCCGACUACGAAGGAGCCCAAGCCCUCCCCAUCACUUCGAUAUCGUGGCUGCAAACUUUCGAAUUUCUGUUGGUUUUUUCGCCAAGCUAUCCGCCCGGAUCUGAUGGUCUCAAAGACUCCGUCUACUUCAUUGCUCGCCGCACCAAGACUACUCCAUUCACCUUCCACAAGAUUGACAUGGAUCCUUGUUCGCCAUUCGGAAUGGAUGCUAGAACCCCAGCUCACCACUUCAUGUUGCGCGCAUUCGAGUGGCUGAACAUCAAAGACCUGCUUGUGGUGGCCUCUACUGCCUCAACGGAUAUUGGUCUUUUCGCCCAUUUGCAGCCGAACACUGUAGAUGGAAAUCCAGACGAUUUUGUUACAUGGAUGACUGAGUCUGAAGGGCGUCGUGCUCUUCUGCCUCUCAAUCCCACCACGGAGUCCGACACUUCGACGGUAGGUAUGGCAAUGGAUCUCAGCGCAAAGGAGGUGCCUCCGCGACCUAUCCCGGAAGAGGCUGAUGUGUUUCCGCACUCUUCCAUCGCCCUACCAAUGGUGUGCGUCUUGACGAAUGAUGGUGUUCUGAACAUGUGGUGGAUUGUGUACAAAGACGCAAUAAGGCAAAAAGCGUUGUAUCCAGGUAUGGUGCACAAGAAUGGUCGCUACGCGAAGUACAAGAAGUAUAACAAAGUUGAAUUGGCCAACAUUGAGGGCGACAACCCUUACAAGGACUCCCGGGAUGACGGUGGUUCCGGCGAUGAAUCCGAGCCACUUGGUGAUGCUCCCGCCGGGCCAGCAUCAGCAUCGUCUGUCUUCGCGCCCUCGAGUCAGACGUCGGCUCCUGCGUCUGCAGAAUCAUCGGGCGCACCGAAGCAGCCGUCAGCUUUUGGCCAAUCUGGAUUUGGACAGCACGCGCAAACGUCCACGCCUAGUUUCGGUGGAUCGUCUGCUCUGGGCAACAAAUCAAGUCCCUGGGCCACACAAGCCAACAGCAAUGAUUCAAAGCCUUCGCUCGGACACACUUUUGGGCAACCUUCCUUCGGAUCGCCAUCGACUCCAGGGGGCGCGUUUGGCCAAUCGUCGACCAACGGCGGCAUGAGCAGCUUCGGCAGCUUGCCAGCGACCCAAGGCUCUGUUGGCUUUGGUCCGUCUGCAUCGCCUUUCAGCAAGCCAUCACAGCCCGCAGCACCAUCGGCCUUUGGACAACCAUCCACGCCCGGCAGUCUUAGUGCCUUUGGAAAGCCCUCCACGCCGGGUCAGACCACUGCUUUUGGAAAGCCAUCACAGCCCGCUGAAGGGUCUGCAUUUGGCAAGCCUUCAUUUGGACAGCCUUCAACCUUUGGACAGCCUUCAACCUUUGGCCAGAGCUCUCAGAUUGGAGCAGCAAAUGCCGCCAAAUCGGGUCUAUUUGGGAAGGACACGAGUUCUGCCUCCCCCUUUUCUGCAUUUGCGUCAGGUGACAACGCGAGUAAAGCCAGUCCAUUUGCCACUGCCGGGCAGCAGAGUCAAGCCAGUCCCUUCUCAGGCUUUGCCAACAAGACUCCAGCGCUCUCGCAAGAAACGUCUGCAGGCUCAACCGCGACUAUUGGCUCCAGCGGAGUUAGUAGCUUCGGCCAAGGAUCUGCUUUCCCAGGCAGCUCCUUCGUCAGCAAGCCCACGAUCUCGCAAGAGUCAACUAUGAAGGAUGGAGAAGAUGCGAGCACUGAACAGCGAACAGCUCAACAAGGCGGAGGGCUAUUUGGCCUUGGCAAUGGAGGCUUCAAACUGGGUUCUGGCUUCAAAGGAGACGGCACUGCUAAGGACGAUGGACCCAGGCCUGCUGAUCCUGGAGCUGGAAUUUUUGGCGCAGAUUUCGGCAAAUCGCUGGGCGAGACCGCGAAGAAGCAGCCUUCUCCAAUCAAAAAGGAACCUAGCGAUGAGCAAGGUCCAGCUCUGAAGGACAUACCUAUGUUCAAGGCUCCAGCCAAGGUAGAGAAUGAGUCGCAAGCUUUGCGGCCUGAUUCCGCAAGUAUGGCCGCGCAGAAGACGGAAGGGGAGGACGCCAUUCCUGACGACGCACCUUUGCCACCAGACCCUUCCACCUAUAAAGCACCCACCUUUCCAGAUGACCUUCCUGGCAUGCCUGGAUUCGGAGCUCCGAAAUCCAAGAAGGAAGCACAGAAAGACGAACCGAUUGCAGGAAGUCCACCUUUGGAUGUGACGAACAGCCAGACAUUCUCCCCAGCAGAAGGCUCGGAGGCAGCAGGACCGUCGGAUGACGGUUCCGAGCAGUGGGCAGAUGAGGAUGAAGAAGAAGAAGAGGGAGAAGAAGAAGACGACGAUGUUGCGAGCGAAGAUGAAGAUCAGUUCGAGGAUGACGAAGAUGAGGAAGACACAGACGAUGAGGCUCCCUAUGAACCAACGGACGACCAAGGUCGGGCUGACUUGGCAGCAUUCAGAGCCAAGCUGGGCACAGCUUCGCCGAAGAGGGAGAUACCUUCGACACAAAGUACGCCACAAAGUGACGAGAAGACCCAGCACAGUAGCUACACUCCUGCCGGACUCCCCAAAGGCCCUGUCUUUCCUCCUCCAGGAUCCAAGACGCACCACAGUCCUCGCUCGCCGAGUCCGCAGCGUGCGGUGACAAGCCCGGUUGCGCGGAGCGGUGUCCCACAACGACUACCUUCCCAGAUCAAGACUUCGGCUGUCCCACCUGCGAAGCCCCUUUCCCGACCCGUCGCCCCGCCAAAGCCUAGGGAGCCGACGCAAGACGAGUUGGAAGAUGAGGCCGAUGCUCGGUUGAAGGCGUACCUGGCCGCCCCGCCUGAGCCGUCCAGAGAAUUGCCACAAUUCUUCACCCAUACCGACUACGCCGGUGAUACCGACAAGCCGGGGCUUGGUGGACAGAUUGAAAAGGUCUUCCGAGACGUGAAUUCCAUGAUAGAUACUGUCGGGUUAAACGCGAAAGGCUUGCAAGGCUUCCUUCUAGGUCAGGAGACGCUCCGGAACGAGGGUCAGCGUACCAAGGAAGACCUCGAUCGUGCGGAUGCAUGGUGUCUGGGAGACAUCGAUGAUCUGAGUCGUGUGCUUGGUGGACUAGGAAAGCAGCUCGAGGAUGGCAGACUUGACCAUGUGAGGGAGAAGCUGGAAGAUCUCGUGGAAGAGCAGAAGGAGGUCCUGAAAUUGAAAGGCAGGAAAGACGAGCUUCGGAAGCAGCUGGUGGCACACACGGACCCCGCGCACCGGGCCAUGCAGGAAGCUGCACCACUAUCAACGGAAACGCAGGCACAGCAGGCUGAAUUAAGGCAAGGCGUUCAGAGGGUACAGAAGCUUCUUAGCGAAGUCGAACAGAAGAUGACUAUGCUGCGUGCGGACCUUGCUUCUUUCUACAAUCAUGAAAACUCGGCGAGUGGCAGGACUCCUGUUCCGACCGUGGAGGCUGUCACCAACACUAUCAAGAAGAUGACCGCCAUGGUCGAGCAAAAGUCUGGCGACAUCGACGUUUUGGAGGCACAAAUCAAGCGACUGCCCAACGGCAUUGCCUCGCUUCGCCUGGAUGACGACUACGAGGACGACAUCGCAUCUCGCCUCGCUAGUAAUAAGCUGCUCAAUAACAGCCCAGCCGGAACACCGCAGCGCCGGCCACGCAUGGCAGCCAACGGUGACGCUCUUGGCAUGAGUGGUAUGUUUGGUACAAGCCGCUUCCAAACUCCGCCUUCUGCCUCUGCGCGUCGCUCGGUACGGUUCACGCCUGACGCCAGUGGACUGGGAAGGAGUACGGGUAGCCUUGGCGGCAGUACGAGGAAGAGGAUGGUCGAUGUGACUGCGGAGGAAGUCAAAGAGUACAAUCAGAAGGUGGCUAGGAGGCGGAACGUUCUAGGCGCUCUCAAGGCCCGAAUGGAGCAGAGUGGAGCGAGGAUUGUGAAGGUUGAAUGA